CAUUGUCCGUUUAUUUAUUUAUUAUUUUUGAGACACAGUCUCACUCUGUCGCCCAGUGUAGUGGCACGAUCUCGGCUCACUGCAACCUCCCGGGUUCAAGCGAUUCUCCUACCUCAGACUCCCUAGUAGCUGAAAUUACAGGUACGCGCCACUACGUUCGGCUAAUUUUUGUGUUUUUACUACAGACGGUGUUUCACCAUGUUGACCAUGUUCACCUCAGGUGAUCCGCUCGCCUCGGCUUUCCAAAGCGCUGGGAUUACAGGCGUGAGCCACAACGCCCGGCCUGUCCAUUUAUUUUUGUUUUCUCUUUGUCACACUAAAAUAUAAGUUCCAUAGGAGCAGUGACUCGAUCUGAGGCGCCCAGAAGAAAGAGCGACCGACGCCGAUUGCCUUCAACAAGAGACCGCUAGAGGAUAGCUGGAUAUUUUGGAGAGGGUCGCUCUGGAAGGAGCCGCUGCAGCUACCCUAGCUUCGCCAUCCAAAUCAGCCUGAACGAAGAAGUGCAGACACUCGCCCUGGCCCCUCCGUCCUGAAAAGCAGACUCACGCAAACAGCAGCAAACAGCGCGACAGAGUCCCAAGUUGCCGCCGCCUAACUUUCCUAGGCCGGAAGCAGCGUGGAGGCGUUGCCGGAAGUGGAGACCGAGGGAGGCGGAAGGGACAUUUGAUGCGGAGCGGUUGUGUGUGGGAGGGCAGCUGCGGAAUUCGAAGCCUGUGGGGCCCGCCGUCCCUCCCAUUCCCCAUCUAGUAACUCUCAAGCUCAGCCCACGUAUCUCCCUGAGUGGAAUCUUGGGCCCCAGACCAAUCGAUUGGGCGGUCAGCCCUCCCCUUCAGCGGCUUGGUCUGUGUUUGGAAAGUUGCCCCGACAACAGCCACUUCCGGGAGGGGACUCCGCUAAUCCCGUUCCGCCGGUCCGGUCAGAAUCAGCUGCCCUCUCGGGCUGUAUGGAUAGUUGCCCCAGCAGUAGCUACGUACGGGCGUAGAUUGCUGGGCCUCCGCGCACCCCAGCCUUCCCCAUUCGGGUUCAGAGCUUGAACUGGCAGCUUCUCUCUGUUUCACUGUUGCUCCUAGCAACAGCUACUUCCGGGCGUGAGUGCAGUUUCCCUCGCACAACGCGGACGCAGGAGCCUGAGGUUCCGGCCUCUGAGCGGCGGUUAGUGCGUUGUGGCUGCUCGCGACCCAGCGACCCUCGGCCGGCCGGACCCGCGGGCCCCGUAACUCGGGCCUUCUCACCGCCUCAGCGCCGCUGCGGGACAGCCAUGGUUCUGCUGCACGUGAAGCGGGGCGACGAGAGCCAAUUCCUGCUGCAGGCGCCUGGGAGCACCGAGCUGGAGGAGCUCACGGUGCAAGUGGCCCGGGUCUACAAUGGGCGACUCAAGGUGCAGCGCCUCUGCUCAGAAAUGGAAGAAUUAGCAGAACAUGGCAUUUUUCUCCCUCCUAAUAUGCAAGGACUGACCGAUGAUCAGAUUGAAGAGUUGAAAUUAAAGGAUGAGUGGGGUGAAAAAUGUGUACCCAGCGGCGGUGCUGUAUUUAAAAAGGAUGAUAUUGGACGAAGGAAUGGACAAGCUCCAAAUGAGAAAAUGAAGCAAGUGUUAAAGAAGACUUUAGAAGAAGCCAAAGCAAUCAUAUCUAAGAAACAAGUGGAAGCCGGUGUCUGUGUUACCAUGGAGAUGGUGAAGGAUGCCUUGGACCAGCUUCGAGGCGCAGUGAUGAUUGUUUAUCCCAUGGGGUUGCCACCGUAUGAUCCCAUCCAGAUGGAGUUUGAAAAUAAGGAAGAUUUGUCGGGAACGCAGGCAGGGCUCAGCGUCAUUAAAGAGUCAGAGGCGCAGCUAUGGUGGGCAGCCAAGGAGCUGAGAAGAACAAAGAAGCUUUCAGACUACGUGGGGAAAAAUGAAAAAACCAAAAUUAUCGCCAAGAUUCAGCAAAGAGGACACGGCGCUCCAGCCCGAGAGCCCAUCAUCAGCAGCGAGGAGCAGAAGCAGCUGAUGCUGUACUAUCACAGGAGGCAAGAAGAGCUCAAGAGAUUAGAAGAAAAUGAUGACGACGCCUGUUUAAACUCUCCAUGGGCGGAUAACACUGCUUUGAAAAGACAUUUUCAUGGAGUAAAAGACAUAAAGUGGAGACCAAGAUGAAGUUCACCAGCUGAUGACGCUUCUGAAAAGAUGAGCUCUCCUUUCUCCUGGGCACAAUAAUUAUAAUUUAAAAAGCUACCUACCACUCUCUGUAAAAGAUGUUAAAUCUAGUUUUCUUUUAGUGUGAAUUUUUUAAAUGGCAGUUAUUCAAGGUUUUAGAACUUAAUAAAUACAUAGUCAGAAGAAAAUGUGUAAAUCAUUUUUGUUUCAGGUCAGCUAUUUAGUAUGUGAGGGUUUUCUUUGACAAAAUACUAAACCUUUUUCUUCCUGAUUGUUUUGUAUUCUCAUGACAACUGGUUGUAUUGGAGGAAAGCUGAUGACCAGCAGUGACCACUAGAGGCCGCCAGCCACUCAGCGUGCCUUUUUCUCUGGGCCCUCUUUGUAGAUCUAUUGGAAGCCGGACUCCCAGCCUUGCUGGAGAGACUUCUCUAACCCUGCUGCAGGGUCUAACUGUAGCCAGGCAUCUCCCAGUCUUGAAGAUGAAGUUUGCCUCCUAGCUGAUGCCUGUCAGGCCUUGUAUUCUGGGAGGGAAAUCUACAACUGUGAUGGAAGUUGAGUAGCAAACUCAUCCAACCUUGAAACAAAUUCGUCUGUAGUUUCCUUCAUCAGAAUAGAUCUUCUCAAGUCUCCUUCAUCAGAAUAGAUCCUGAAAACAAAUCUAGAUUCCGUAAAGGGUGAUGAUGUGCCCCUGUGGAUGCAGGUAUGACUGUAGGCACAGCUUCAUAGGCAGCUCAGUGACCAACCGUGGGAUGAACGGGGUUGCCAUCAUCCUGGGUUUCUAGGAUGCCUUUGAGUUUAAAGACUCUAACUCAUCAUCACUGUAAACCAUCCAAGUAGCCUGAAAACUCUGGCACUUUAGCAUCCACGAGACGCCUGUCAGACCGCCUGUGACAACCAGAAGUGGCCCAGACGUUUCCUCAUGCUUGACUUUUGGUGCCUAGGGUCCUGUUCCCCUGGUUAGAGGGAACUUGGUGUGUAUGCACUGAGAGAAAGUGGAGGGCGUGGGGCAUCUCCCUGCCCGGGCCUUCCUGCCUUGGUGCCUGUGCUCCCCACCAUCCUGUAAAGACGAACCCUGGGAGCAAGUGGAGGGGGCAUGGGUAUGGGUCCCGCUUGCUGCCAGGCAGUCUUGCCCGGGGUAUGGGGUCCCAGACCUGAUAGCAAAGCCCCAUUCUCUAAAGUGCAUGUAGCUGACUGCAUCUUCUGCCUUACUCUUUUAUUUUCAAAUUUUGUAAAAGCAAAUUUGCAUCUAUUUUCCUUUUUACUCAGUUAUAGUUUUAAAUGUCUCUAUGAAAGAGUUUUGACCUUGGUUGAUGUAGUGUAUGCAAUAAGAUGGUGUGAUUUUAUUUCAGGAA